ACAACUACAAGGGUGGUUAUGUAAAUAUACAAACAAAAGAUCAAUUGGAAGCCAAUCGGCCACACCUCAUUCUCCUAACCCCCUCCGCCCUAAUUCGCUUUAUCUCGCCGGAACAACAAAUCGCCGGUCAAAAACCACCGGAAAAAAUGGCGUUUGCAAUGAGAGUGAAGGUACCACCGAACUCCGCCACCUUACAAGAAGCCAGACACCGAACCUUCGAUUUCUUCCGUGCCGCUUGCAGAUCUAUUCCCUCGAUCAUGGAUAUUUACAACCUAUACGACGUCGUUACUCCUUCUCAGCUUCGUUCCACCAUCGCCGCUGAAAUCCGUAAGAACGCUCAUAUUAGUAACCCUAAGGUGAUUGAUAUGCUGCUAUUCAAGGGAAUGGAAGAGCUUAGCAACAUAACAGAGCAUGCAAAGCAACGACAUCAUAUUAUCGGGCAGUAUGUGGUGGGUAAUCAGGGUCUUGUUCAAGAUGUUGCCACUAAGGAUGAGAACAUCUCCAAGUUCCUCAAAAAUUUCUACAAAACCAACUACUUUUGAAUUGUUUUUUUUUUUUUUUUUGUGUGGUGGGUCCCGCCUUUCGUUUAGUCAAUAAAUAUGUUAUUGGACAGGGGUUAUUAUAUUGCCUGUAUGAAUAACAUCCUUCUGCUGAAUGUUGUUGGAUAUCAAAACAUGUUCUUUCUUGUUUUCUGCACCAAAAGUCUGGAACUUGAUGUUUGCAAAGAUUGUUCAAUAUGAUAAGUAGUUGAUUCCUCA